AUGAAAGAAAUCCAAAACAAACAAAUCACUAUCAAAACUCCACAAACGGAAAAAUAUCAUAUCAAAAAAAAACGAAUCUCGAUAUGAGCUCCUCAACAGUCAAUGAAAGACUGGAAGACGACUGAUUUACAGACUCAGAAAAUAAGGACAUCAAAAUCUCAUAAUAGAAUAUUAUCUCAACAAUUCACUUUUGCAGCUCUCCCAUCUUAUCCCUGUCAAACUCCUCACAAUGAUCAGCAUCAGAGAAUUUUUAAUAAACAAAAUAACCCAUUUUCGAAAAAUUUAGUUCCAGAAGGGACUGAGAAAGUAUCAAUUUCAAAAGAUGUCACUGAUCACAGAGAAAUAAUCUGCGAGACAAAAGAUCCUUGUAGAUCAGACUCAAUCUAUUUAUAACAAAAAUUAUUUAUAUAAAUUUCUCUAUGACUUUAAUAAUUUUAGAAUAUAUUUAAAAAAAAUUUAAAUAAAUCUAUAAAAGGCAUUUAUGGUAGCAAAAUUUUGUAGAUCAAACAAUUUAAAGCUAAAUAAAAAAUCCAGUGUGAAUGACUUGCAUAAAAUCAGUCAUCAAAGAUUUGGAAGUACUGGACAAUUUGUAAAAACUUUUGAUGUAAGUAUGAAACCUUUGAAAUUUCAAAAUACUGCGAGAUUGUCUAAACAAUUUGAAUUUAUUGCAAAAGAUUUACCUGAACAUAUCAUGAAAGUUCAAAUCCUUAGACAGGAAAUGCAUAGCAACGACGGUGGCUCAACUCGAAGCACUAUUGCUUCGGACCAUGAAAAAAAUGUAAAGCUAGGCUUGGAACACAUAUAA